ACCGCAGUGGCUGAGCUGCUGACAGGAGGCGGCGGCGGCGGAGGAGGAGGAGGAGGCGAGGCAAGACCUUCGGGCUUCGCCCGGACACUGCCACUGUAUCGCUGAGGCAAAACCCACGGAGCCAAACCGGCCUCAGCCCGCCCGCGUACCUCUCGCCUUCUGUCCACCCUUCCAUCCACCUGUCCGCCCGACUGGUCCAGGGCGGCCUAGUCUGCACCACCUGCCGGGCUCCUGGGGCCGCCGCCCCGCGCGGUCCAGUCGGCGUCCCCCGGCCGCGCCCGGCUCCUGGCCCGCUCGCCCGCCGGCACCAUGAUGGAGGAGAUCGACCGGUUCCAGGUGCCCACCGCGCACUCGGAGAUGCAGCCGCUGGAUCCAGCCGCCGCCUCCAUCUCAGACGGAGACUGUGACGCCCGGGAGGGUGAGUCAGUAGCCAUGAAUUACAAACCAUCCCCGCUCCAAGUGAAGCUGGAGAAGCAGCGGGACCUGGCCCGGAAGGGCUCCCUGAAGAAUGGCAGCAUGGGCAGCCCUGUCAACCAGCAACCCAAGAAGAACAACGUCAUGGCCCGGACGAGGCUGGUCGUCCCCAAUAAAGGCUACUCUUCACUUGACCAGAGUCCAGAUGAGAAGCCACUGGUAGCUCUUGAUACAGACAGUGAUGAUGACUUUGAUAUGUCCAGAUACUCUUCUUCUGGCUACUCCUCUGCUGAGCAGAUCAACCAAGAUUUGAACAUCCAACUGCUGAAGGAUGGCUACCGGUUAGAUGAGAUCCCUGAUGACGAGGACCUAGACCUCAUCCCCCCCAAGUCCGUGAACCCCACCUGCAUGUGCUGCCAGGCCACCUCCUCUACUGCCUGCCACAUUCAGUAGCAGGUGGGGUCGCCACGGCUGCAUGGAGCAGGGCCAGCUCGGGCCAGGUUGGAUGAGGUGCCUUCCUCACCUCAUCCACCUGCCCCCAGCCUGCACCCCAUGCAGCCACCAACCUUGUAACAGUCAUUGCUUCCUCCUAUGGUAGGACGUGUACCUCUGUGUGUUCAUGGAGCAGGAGAAACCAAAAUGGAGUCUCUUUCCACCCUGGAGGCCGAGGAGGGGUGGGGGGGUUGUUUGUUCAGUUAUUUGUGGGACCUCACCCAGCACCCAGCCCACCUCUGCAAAGUUGAAGUCCAGGCCAAGGACUAGACACAGGGAGGCCAACAGUAACAAUGGAGGUGAGGGGGAUCACAGGGCCAGAGGGUUGACCCCACCCCCAUUGAAGCCAUGAAUCCCCCCCAACCACAGCCUAAUCAGGAAAGGGAUUUGAGUGGAGAAAGGCCCAAGUCAAUGGGGGCAGGUCCUAGCCCCUCCACACACCUCACAGCCCCUCCACACCUGCCCCCCUUACAAGCCCAUGUCCCCAGUGUUUUCUCCCUCCUCUGCAGCCUGGCAAAGCUGCCUAAGGGAAUAUUGUUCCCCACCCAUCAGAUUGCAGCCUUCUUCCUCUUUGCCACAUUCAUCCUCUUCCUUGCUGUCUGGGUAUGGAGAUGGGUAAGGCGGGCCUGAGAGAAAGGCCAGAAUUGGAGAUGUUAUAGCCUGUUCUUACUGGCCUAUAACCAAUGCAUCUAUCUCUCUGUCUGGAUGUUUCUGUUCACUGGUUCAAGCUAGAAGCAGAGUGUUAAGUCUGGCCUUCAAGACCCCGUUUCCAGCUCACCCCAGUCUGGGAGGCUAGUUCCUGGAAAGACUCUUCAAGGAGCAAGCUUAGAAAAACAUAGUGGAUGGAGUGACUGCAUGAAGUGCUGGGCAAUGUGUGUGUGUGUGUGUGUGUGUGUGUGUGUGUGUGUGUGUGUGUGUGUGAAGAGAGGAGGGAAAGAGGCCCAGAGGCUGUCAGGAUGUAUGUUCAAGUGUCUACAUCUCUGUGUUGGACCUGUAAGAGACAGGUGUCUUUUCCUGAUGCAUAUAUGGUAUCCAUAGUGAGAAAGUAGCUCUGGUCUGUUUUCAGUGUGAGAAGCUGCUCAGCAGUGCAAAGGUCUGGGCUCUAGCUCUGGUACUCUCCUGUGAUCUUCAGCAAGCCAUGAACUUUCUCUGGGCUUUACCUCUCAAUUGUAAAAUAAACAAUAGCUGAAAUUAUUCUCUUAAGGUCCUUGAAGACCUGAAAGGAAUUUCUUUACAAGAUUUUCUAUAGAGAGGUCUGUUUCUAUGUGGGAAGGGGGAGUUUCCACAAGUACCUAAGGAUCUGUUUGGAAAAGAUGCAGG